UAUUAUCAACACCGAGUCUUAAACUAAAACACACACACACACACACACACACACACACACAUCUCUCUUCAUUUUCUUGUUCAUCCAAGGAUCUGAAUCUGCUUUACUUUCGUUCAAACAUGAACAACAUCGACGAUACGACGUCUCCCGCCCACCAGAUCAACCCAUUUCAACCUCCCUCCGAAAAAACCCAACAAGAUCCAGGUUUGUCCGAGGAGGCCUCUUCUCUUUCCGACAAGAUAGAUCAAGCUUUGCCCGAAGAGAAGAAACAAAAUCAAGAAAACGAGAGAGCGGUCACUGGGAGAGAGAAACUAAAGAAGCACAGGAGAGAGAUGGCCGGAAGAGUUUGGAUACCAGAGAUAUGGGGACAAGAAGACCUUCUUAAGGACUGGAUCGACUGUUCGACGUUUGAUACGUGUUUAGUCCCUAACGGGAUCUCGUCAGCACGUGCGGCUCUCGUCCAAGAAGCUAGGCAAGCUGCUUCAGCUUCUGGUGGGUUACAUAAUCGUUGCUUGAUCUUACGCUGAAUGUUUAAUAUAAUAACCUAUAUAAGUGUGGUUCUUGUUCCUCGAUAAUAUGAUAUAAGACACUAUUAUUAUAUUGUUGAUAUAGAGUAUUUUUCAUACUACUCAUAAAUAAUUUUAGAGAACUUUCCCAA